UGUCUGACUGCGAAUGAUGAGCACCUGAUCCAAUUCGACUCUUCCGACAAUCACUGGGAGAUCCGUCUACUCCUUCGAACCCCAUUCCUGACCUCCGUCGAUCCAGACCUAUUCGGGCCGCGAAAUCCCUCUUAGAUUUUCUGCUGGCAGAGAACGACCGGAGAGACACCAUGACCGUCAGCUACGAUCACACAUCCCGGACCGCGGCUCCGACGUCAGUCGCCACUCUUGAGGACCGGUUUGAAGUUCUCAAGGAGGUCGGCGAUGGCAGCUUUGGUAGCGUGGCUGUCGCACGUGUUCGGACAGCUGGUUCCAACGUUGCCCGGAGGGGGACCAUGGUCGCCAUCAAGACGAUGAAGAAGACGUUCGACUCCUUGACCCCGUGCUUGGAGCUGCGGGAAGUCAUCUUCCUCCGGACCCUACCGCCCCAUCCCCACCUCGUUCCCGCCCUCGAUAUCUUCCUCGACCCUCUCUCCCGCAAGCUGCAUAUAUGCAUGGAAUACAUGGAUGGCAAUCUCUACCAAUUAAUGAAGGCCCGGGACCACAAGCCCCUCGAUGGCAAGCACGUCAAGAGCAUUCUGUUCCAGAUCUUGUCGGGCCUCGACCACAUCCACGCUCACCAUUUCUUCCACCGUGAUAUUAAGCCCGAAAACAUCCUCGUCUCUACCUCCGCUCCCAACGACUCAGCCUUCAGCCGGUACUCCAACCUCGUUACUCCUCCUUCGACCCCUCCCACAUAUACCGUCAAAAUCGCCGACUUCGGCCUUGCGAGAGAGACCCACUCCAAGCUCCCCUACACCACCUACGUCUCCACGAGAUGGUACCGCGCACCCGAGGUUCUUCUGCGUGCGGGAGAAUACUCGGCACCCGUUGACAUGUGGGCUGUCGGUGCCAUGGCCGUGGAAAUCGCGACUCUCAAGCCGCUCUUCCCUGGUGGUAACGAGGUCGACCAGGUCUGGCGUGUCUGUGAGAUCAUGGGAAGCCCUGGCAACUGGUACAGCAAGUCGGGCUCCAAGAUCGGUGGUGGGGAGUGGAGAGAAGGCUCUCGUUUGGCUCAGAAGUUGGGAUUCACUUUCCCGAAGAUGGCCCCCCAUUCCAUGGAUAGCAUCCUUCAGGCCCCUCAGUGGCCUGCGGCUCUCAGCCAGUUUGUUACAUGGUGUUUGAUGUGGGAUCCCAAGAACAGACCGACGUCCACGCAGGCUCUCAACCACGAAUACUUUGCCGAUGCAAUUGACCCUUUGAGACCCAAGUCGUCAACCGCUCGUCUCCUGGGUCGGAAGCAAUCGGACAAGAGCUUCAAAACCCCCAGUCGGGAGGCAAAUGACUCGCCAACUUUUGGCAAAUCUUCGUGGUUCAGGAGGUCAUUGAUCGGUCGGUCGGAGAGUCCCGCCCCGCCUGUGGAAAGCGACCACUCUUCUAAGCAAGCUGUGUCGUACAACUCGGAGAUCCACGUGGCCAAGACCAAGCCCGCAGCUACUAAGCGUGCCACCUGGGCGAGCGGAGCCCCGAUGCCUAUCCUGCCCUCGAUCCGACCAGUCUCCCCCCUGUCAAAUGCAGUCACAGCGCAGGCUAACUCAUCGCUCGCACACUCUGACAGUGGCAAGGCGAGCAAGAAGAUUGGCAGGCAGCUAUCUGUUAAUUCCCAUGGAAAUCACUACGCUGAUAUCCACCGGCAAGAAGCGGAAAGGGCGCUGAACGGCGGAGGAAGUGUCAACAUCGCAAUGACCCCAAAGGAGAGCUUCUUCUCUCACCUUCGCAAACGCGCCCGCAGAUUAUCCGGCCGUAACCAGGCCAGCGCGGCGACCGAUGAUGUCGAGGCCAACGCUGGCUGUAUGCCGUGGUCUAACCGGUCUUCCCUCGCUCUGGACUCCGUGACCGUCAACGAGGGCAAGCAGAACGAUCUGUCCGAAUUGGACAAGGCCCUCCAAACGGUGAAGUGCUCGCUCGACUCGUCCGCCCUGGGCAACGUUCCGGUCCAGAUUACUUCGCCCGUUGAUGGCACCAAGCGCCAGUCCAUGCCCCAGGGAUCGAUUCGCAGCAUGACUGACAACCCUGCAUCAACCAGUGGCACCGGAGGCCCUAUCUCCAGCAGGACCAGGCGCGCAAUGCACAUGUCUAACAACCCGAUCCACCGCUACGAGACCCCCGAGGAAGAGGAUGAGCUUCUCGAUGAGGUCCUGCAUUCCGCGAGCAAGGCCUCCCGGCGUCUAGCGCAGACCGAAACAUCAUCUGAUGGUUCGUCUACCUACAGCCGCCCGGGCCAGGGAAACGACAAUUCUCGCCCUUUGCCGAGCCCUUAUCCUACUCCCUCGCCAUCAGCCAAGUGUGAUGGUGUGUCUUUCGGCCACUCGGAGACAACCCCCUGCAGACGACUGCCCUUACCUGAGGAGAAGACCGACGCGAACUCCAGUCGCCAAUGGCCUACUCCUCCCUACGAGGAUGGAGACUGGGCGCCCCCAGCCCCGCCAAGUUCCUGACCGGAUCAGCGACUUACCGUUAGCAAGUCCCACGCGGGAUUUGACGCGGGCAUUCUUUUCUUUUCUCCCAUACUUUUCGAUCUUGUUCAUAUCUAGUCAAAAGAGAAAAAAUGCGGUGGUCAUGCGCGGAAUCGGCGGAUUUAACCGAGCAAGGCGUACGGGAUCUGGUGUCAACUCUGUUUUAUAUCUGUGGAGGUCUGGUGGUUUUUCUUCUCAUUUUCCCCUUCUCCCUUUCGUCUUUGUUCCUCCA